GUCACGUCGCCACGAGCUGAAAAACAAACCCUAAAACAGCUGCUUUCAGUUUCACACCUCCAGCAAGCAUUCUGAUCAUAAACUAACGAUCAGCCAAAAGGUGAGAUGUCGUACUGGGUUUGCUGCAACUCCUGCUUCUGCAGUCCCGGAGCAGAGCGACGCCUGGCCGUCUCCACCUGCGGGCAUGUGGUCUGCAAUGUCUGCUACCAGAAAGGCAACCAAGGCAAGUGUUUAAUAUGCGGCUUCCAGUGCCAAAUAUCGCCACUCUCUGACAAAAGCAGCUCUGACGUGAAGGCCUUGUUCUCUGACAUCAACUCUGUGGCCACCAAGCACUUGACAGAAAUCAGCAAUGUUGUAGUGUUCCAGUCAAGACAUCAAAAGAGACUCUUGUCUUAUUACGAGCAACGGAGUCAGAAACUAGAAGAGGUGUUAGUCAAGAUGAAGCAAGAAAUGCAGCAGAUGGCAAAGAAGCUGAAUGAACAGAACGUCUACAUUGCCAAACUGGAAAACUCUCUUCAGCAUCAAAGUGCCAAGGCGUCAUCUGUGUCUCAGAUCAGCCGCAGUUCUCAUAAUGUGCACGGGCAUAAACAGGUUCUGCAGAUCCCGUUUAGCUCCCCUGUUUCUCUGUCGCGAUUCUCGCCAGCUCCUAGUAUGCCUGAAAGCAUGGAGCUGGAUGGAAGAAGUCUGUUCAGGAAACCCACCUCUGCACCUCGGCUUUCACUGAUCAAGACUCCACACGACGGGCGAAUGGUCUCCCUCUCCCACAGGUCAUCCAACCAAAACAUGCCACCCAUGCACACGGCGCGAUCAGCCACAAUCAGUCGUUUCCAAGGACCAUCUUUUACGCCGGACUUCUCACACAGCUAGAGUUGUUUUUGGACGUCUCCCGUCUUCAAACCUCCAUCCUCCUUCAGAAACUCUCCUUCCUCCUUAACACACUCACCACAAACAUCGAC